CAGCGGGAUGGGCGCGCUGGGCCGGGCGCUGCUGUGGCUGCAGCUGUGCGCGAUGACCCGCGCGGCCUACAAACUCUGGGUCCCCAACACCAACUUCGAAGUGACCACCAACUGGAGCCAGAACCGGACGCCGUGCGCAGGCGCUGCCGUCGUGUUCCCGGCAGACAAGAUGGUGUCAGUCCUGGUGCGAGAAGGUCACAGCAUCUCCGACAUGCUCCUGCCGCGGGACGGGGAGUUCGUCCUGGACUCGGGAGCCGGCUUCGGCGCGGCGGACGCUGGCAGGGACCCGGACUGCGGCGCAGCCGCCCCCGCGCUCUUCCUCGACCCCGACCGCUUCUCGUGGCACGACCCGCGCCUGUGGCGCUCCGGGGGCGCGGCGCGCGGCCUCUUCUCCGUGGACGCCGAGCGCGUGCCCUGCCGCCACGACGACGUCGUCUUCCCGCCCGACGCCUCCUUCCGGGUGGGCCUCGGCCCCGGCGUCGGGCCCGUGCGCGUCCGCAGCGUCUGGGCUCUGGGCCAGACGUUCACGCGCGACGAGGACCUGGCUGCGUUCCUGGCGUCCCCCGCCGGCCGCCUGCGCUUCCACGGGCCGGGCGCUCUGAGCGUGGGUGCCGAGGCCUGCGCCGACCCGUCGGGCUGCGUCUGUGGCAACGCCGAGGUACAGCCGUGGAUCUGCGCCGCCCUGCUCCGGCCCCUGGGCGGUCGCUGUCCCCCGGCCGCCUGCCGUGACGCCCUCCGGCCCGAGGGGCAGUGCUGCGACCUCUGCGGAGCCAUCGUGUCGCUGACCCACGGCCCCACCUUUGACAUUGAGCGGUACCGGACGCGGCUGCUGCGAGGCUUCCUGCCCCAGUACCAGGGGCUGCAAAUGGCCGUGUCCAAGGUGCCGCGCCAGAACGCAGGCGCCGAGGCAGACAAGGAGAUUCAGGUGGUGCUGGCAGAGACCGGGCCCGACGGGACGGGCGGCGCGGGGCGGCUGGCACGUGCCCUCCUGGCGGACGUCGCCGAGCACGGCGAAGGCCUGGGGGUCCUGUCCGCGGCAGUCCGGGAGUCGGGCGCGCCGGUCGGGGACGGCUCCGCAGCGGGACUGGAAGGUUCGGGAAUGCGCGCAGGGCUGGCAGGCGGCGUGGCGGCGGGGCUGCUCCUGCUGCUGCUGGCGCUGCUGGCGGGGGCGCUGUUGCUGCGUGGCGCUCGGAGCUUCAGGUGGAGUAGGCGCGACGAAGCGGCCCCAGCGCCCUUCGUGGCGCCCUUGGGCUUCUCCAACCCGGUGUUCGACGUGGCGGGCUCAGUGGAGCCGCCUUCCGCCCCACAGGUGGAAAACAGCAGCGUCAGCCGCAGCUACUUCGUUAACCCUCUUUUUGCCGAGGCGGAGGCCUGAGCCCCCGUGUGACUGGCCAGCCCCCCUUCUGCCCUCCGCCGCCCCAUUUCGAGAAAUGUACGGGUCCAUGACAUUAAAAGAUCUUCGUUCCCUUUUCCACACUCCUUGUCCCCAGCCCCUGCAGACCAAGGACAGGGUGGCUUUGCCUAAUAAAGGGGUUUCUUGCACCUGCUA